CGGCAAGUGGCAGGCGCCUGCGGGAGGAGAGUGACCUCAGCGCGGAGAAGCAUCUGCUCAGCCUCCGAGCGAGGGCGGGCCGAGUGCAGGCGCCCCUUCGCUGCCUCUCCCUCGCCGGCCGGUCUCUCGCUGUCUGCAGCUGCGGUGCGGACCCGGCUCACCGGCCACCCGGGGCUGUCCUGCGCCUAGGCUGGAGCUCCGGGCUUCUGCUGGGACCAUCCGCCACCCGCCCUCAGGCCGCUCCUGCUGGGUCAUGGGAGCCCCAAGUCAGGCCACCACUUGGGGCAGUGCCCUCUGGGCUCUCCUCCUGGCCACAUUGGGCUCCUCUGCGAGCCAGCCGCUGGGGGCGGAGUCCAUCUGCACAGCCCGACCCCUGGCCAAGUACAGCCUCACCUUCACCGGCAAGUGGAGCCAGACAGCCUUCCCCAAGCAGUACCCCCUGUUCCGGCCCCCCGCGCAGUGGUCCUCCCUGCUGGGUAAGCGCAGCCCCUGCGCCCGUUCAGCCGUCCAGCGGCGGCCCCCCCUCCUGGGAGGGGACACUCCCCCAGCAGCUGCGUCGCAGCGUGGAGGUGGGGGGGCGCUCCCACCCUGUUGCCUUCAGCGCCAGAGAUACCUGCUGAGCGCCUGGGGCCCCGGGGGCGGGGCGGGGCGGGCGGCGUCCCUCCCCGGGUGCGCGCGCCCGCCCGCCCCCCAGGUGUCCUUCGUGGUCCGAAUCGUGCCCAGCCCCGACUGGUUUGUGGGCGUGGACAGUCUGGACCUGUGUGACGGGGACCGCUGGAGGGAGCGGGUAGAGGUGGACCUGUACCCCUACGACGCCGGGACGGACAGCGGCUUCACCUUCUCCUCCCCCAACUUCGCCACCAUCCCGCAGGACACGGUGACGGAGAUAACCUCGUCCUCUCCCAGCCACCCGGCAAACUCCUUCUACUACCCCCGGCUGAAGUCCCUGCCCCCCAUGGCCACAGUGACCCUGGUACGACUCCGGCAGAAUCCCAGGGCCUUCGUGCUGCCCGCCCCAGGCCCGUUGGGCGGGGGCAAUGAAAUCACGGACAGCCUCUCAGGUCCGGAAACACCACUGGACUGCGAGGUCUCCCUGUGGUCCUCCUGGGGGCUGUGCGGGGGGCCGUGCGGGAAGCUGGGAGCCAAGAGCAGGACUCGCUACGUCCGCGUGCAGCCUGCCAACCACGGGACGCCCUGCCCUGAGCUCGAAGAGGAGGCGGGGUGCGUCCCGGACAACUGUGUCUGAAGCCCGAGCCUUGCGGGCCCCUCGGCCCCCCGAGGUGGCCCAGCCCAGCGGGUGGGGCUUUGUCCAGCACCUCUCUGAGCUCCGCCUCGACGGACGCGCCUGGGCCGCUGGAGCCCGACGGCAGGAGAGGCCCCUCCGUUCUGCAAGCUUUCCUGCGGGGCGCCCAGUCCUGAGACCCCCUCUCGAGGUGAGUCUCCGCCCUGUUCACUACGGCCCAGGGUCGUCGCGUGCAGAGGACUUGCACGUGGUGUCUGCUGGGCUGCCUGCAGGAGAGCCACGCGCGUGAAAUACCUCGGACCUGCCCUCCAGGCACCCACAGCCCUGCCUGCCCCUCAGAGCCGGGCUACCGAGGCAGGUCACGCAGGUCAGCUGGGUAAAGGACAGCAGGCGCUGAUGCCUCACCUUGGCAUUGUCAUGUGACCGACCUCCCUGCACUUGAAUAAAGACUGUUUCCACAGGG